AUGAUCAUACGAUGCAUCGUUCGUGUAAUUCUAUUCCUUUACUUAUUUGUUCAAAGUUCCUCGACUACUUAUCUUCUUUGUACGUCGAAAUGUCCUCAAAUCACAGUGUCGUUUCUUCAACCAUUAAAUAUACCCGAAGAAUGUCAACACAAUAAUACUACAGAUAUUUACGAACAUGGUUUGGUCUGUGUAAUUGACUAUCGUAUCGAUUAUGAUGCUAAGCAUAUUUAUAUUAAUUUUAAAACUAGUAAUGAUGUCUACAAAUUUCAAGAAUAUAAUCAAUUAGAAUAUCUUACUCAAACUAUAUGGUUAGGUUUUAAUGAAGCAUCAGGUCAACCAAAUAUUACGCAUCGUACGUAUGCGUGUAGCACACGUAACGAUUGUGCGCGUCAAUUUUAUUACAAUACAAUUGAACAUUUAAUUAGAUAUGGUGAGCUACAAUUAGAUCAAAUUAAAUCAACAUUAUAUCGACAAACACUAUCGGUAAAAAGAAACGCAAGUCGCCGUUGUAAGAAUAGUAAUACAACAGGUGAUCGAUCAACAAUACGAUGUCGCGAUGGUUUAUGUUAUGCUAAUAAUGCAAACGAAAAAACAUAUUGUGCCUACGAUCAUAGUCCGACAUUCUUUAGUGAAUUCGAGUAUUAUAUACCCAGGUUGACGACAAAUGAAAUAGAAUCAAUUGAAUAUAAAUGUAACAGACAUUUAUGUAAUAGCAAUAAGAUGAUUAAUACAAUUAAAGAUAUUCUUCGUAAUUAUACAAAUUGGAAUAAUAUUAACGAAAAUCCAAUAGACGAAGAAUAUCCAGAUCAAACAAAAGAAGAUUAUCAAGUAACAGAGAAAUAUGAAAUAAAAAAGGAAAAUCAAACAAAAGAAGAUUAUCAAGUAACAGAGGGAUAUGAAAUAAAAAAGGAAAAUCAAACAAAAGAAGGUUAUCAAGUAACAGAGAAAUAUGAAAUGAAAAAAGAAAAUCAGACAAAAGAAGAUUAUCAAAUUAAAUUAAAAUCAUCAACAGUACGUCAAGAUACAUCUUAUAUCUUAAUGAUUUUAACUUUAAUCAAUCUUCGAUUUUUAUUUUGA